UUUUAUUUCAGUUAGAGAAAAAAUUGACUACGCGAAGUGUUCCUCCACUGUGUUUGUUCUCAUUUUAAUAAAAAAUAGUUUCUUCUUGUUUUAACUUAGCAAAGUGUACAAUUUUUUCUAAACUUGUUUUUUUUUUCUUUGUUUAUAAGUUAUAAAUAAUGUUAAAAUAAAAUAAAUAAAAUGAAAGUGUAAAAGUUUAUAGUGAAAAAAUCGGUGGGAAUACAUUAUAUUCUUGUGGAUGAAUAAAUUAUUAGUUUUCUUUUAUGGUAUACCUAGUUUUGUGGGGAAAUCCUUUGGAUUAUGGCCAAGAAAAUACCGUUUAAUGUAGUAUUUGCAUCAGAUGAAGACCCAUCAUUUCCAGCCAGUGAAUUAAAUUCACAUGGCCCAACCGUGCAUGGGUGGCGUAGUAGUCCUGGAAAUAAUACAAGCCCACACGAUAUCGUUCUACGUUUUCAUAGACCGGCCAAAAUAUGUCGCAUACAAAUCUUAGCCCACCAGUAUCUCAUUCCUGAAAAAGCUGAACUCUGGCUUCACUAUUCACCAAAAGGGAUACCAAGCACUCCUUCCAGUCAAUGUUUUGAUUUUUUAGGUUUUAUAUCACUUUCUGAUAAUUCUGGCACUAAUUUCAAAUCACGAGAACUUCAAAGUGUAACGGUAAAUCCGAGAAAAGGAACUCAUCUUAAGUUACGCCUAAGCACACCUCAUAGAAAUGAUUUUAACACCGAAGGACAAAUUGCCCUCAUAGCAGUAAAUGUACUCGGAGAAGAUUUGGAAUGUAAUUCGAACGGUGCUGGUGGCGGUGGUGGUGAAGAAAGUUCGGCCACUGCUGCCGCCGGAGAAGUUCAGUUGACCGAGAAUGGGGAACCAGCGCUGGCUUCGAUGUGUGAUGACCUGUUAUUCUCUAUGUAUGUAGAGGAAUCAAUAGCUGAGAUCAUUCGAGAGAUGGAAGAAAAGAAAUCAAAAGCUGUGAACGAUGAAAGGUUUGAAUAUGCCAGGAAGCUAAAAUUAUGCAUGACUUCUUUGAAGGUAGCUGGCGAAAGGUUAGGACGAUACUCGUUAGCAAAGAGACAAGCAGUUCAACAGGAAGAUUUCACUACAGCAAAACUGAGAAAGGAGCAAAUUGAAAUGUAUCGGAGAGCCGUUCUGAAACAGCUUCUGGUAGACCAGCUACUAGAACGGAACGGUUUAGUUGCCGACAACGAUUUAGCUUCUGAGGUUUACGCUUCGAAGCCCACGUUACCAACAGCUCCAAGUCUGCAAGAAGUCGCCACAGCUCUGGCAGAAGCGCAUUUUACUGCUACAAUGAGUCCCAAAAGUGCACAAGAGGACAAAUCAUCGACUGACGGUGGAAGCUCUGGUGGAGGUGUAGGAGCUCACAGUACGGCUAGUGACACACACUCAACACACUCGACUGGCAGCCACCGAAAGUCACAUGAUGACAUCCCGAACUCCCCCAAACUGAAUAUAGGUCGCAGUCCAAGUCGAGGGUCUCCUAUGUCAAGCCAUCAAGGUUCUCUAAGAAGGCGCAACAAAAGUGCACCUCGCAACAGCUAUGAAGACUAUGAAGAACGAGCUAUUCCCACAUUAAGACAGGAAUGCCAAGGCACAGCGUUGCUCGAGGCGGAUCCAAACAGAGGGCGGUCUCGUUUGAACGAUCGGGAACGGCGACAGGCUGCGCUACCGAUUUUGGUAUUUGGAAAUGAGUUGGUUGAGCAAUUCUAUUCCCGUCAAUUUCAAGAUCGAGAAGACGGCCUGAUGAGAUUGCGCAACUUCCUCAAGGGACAAGAAACCGAAGGGGAAUGUGUGGCGGGAGCGAACAAAGUUGCGAGAAGUGCUGCUUUGCUAUUGCAUAGAGCUGUUCGCGAUGCUGUUUACUCAGUUUUUAGUCAGGCUACGGAAACUGUGAGAGUGUUGUUUUUGGAGUUCGUCCCCAGUCGGGUUUCACAAAGUGAAGUCGCCCGUUGUGUGGAUCGUCUUCUACCAGAGUUAUUGGCAAAGAGCGGGGAUCCUUCGCCACGAAUUCAUACUCUGGCACAGCACACAAUUUUGAGUAUAGCCGCAUGCCCGGAAGUGAGUGAACAGCACUUAGUUGCACCUGCACUAUCGAGAACUGUCAGUUCUGGGACUCAUCCCCGUUUGGCUUUGAGUCGUAUGCAAAUGUUAGAGCAGUUGGUGUUAAGUCAGGGAAUAAGCACAGAUAAGCAUAGUGGCUUGACAUGUCGUGCUCUAUCAGAAUGUGGAUGCUCCGGAAUACACCAUCCAGCGGAACCAGUUCGCAAAGUGGCCGAACGGAUUCUCUUGUUGGUCUAUAAAGUGAAUCCGAGAUUGGUGAGGAAGCAACUGCCUCCAGAUGACGAUAUAACUAGAAGGAAUCUUCUGUAUCGGCAACUUUUUACGGAAUUUGAUAAGCUCGAUAUGGAACGAAAGAAAGAAAUGCUCGAAGCUAAUAAACACUUCUCAGGUCCUUCUAGUGAUCCUAUUUCACCACCAUCUAAUAGAAGCAACGAUAAACAACAAAAUGCCCGCGGGGGUGGAGAACAUUGCUAUGAUAGUAGAGUUGGAUUUGGAUUUGGAACAAAAAGUCCCGAUUCACAAUCCAGCCCAAUGCGACGUUCGGAAACAAGAAUACUCAAGAGUAAAAGUGGUCAAUCUAUAAGUCAAAAUGCAACAUCAGUUAGUAAUGGACACGCGACUGGAAUUGCCUGCAAUGGAAAACAGGAAUAUAAUGAGAAAGUAAAACAAUCGAUGAUAUCGAGCAAUUCAAGGAAGAAUUCGAACUCGAAUUCGAAUUCAAAUUCGGAAUCACUCGAGGAGCCUGAUGUGAUACGAUGUCCAUUUUGUGAUUGGUCUUGUCAUGGUGAGCAGGCGCACUUAGACAGGCACUACUGGAAGUCAUGUCCUUUUUUGACUAAAUGCCCACAAUGUAGUCAGGUCUUAGAAGUUGCAGCCUUGAACUAUCAUUUGACAAAAGAAUGUGAAGCAAAAAAUAGUUACAUUAACUGCGACCGUUGUACUGAAUCCGUUCACAAGCAGCUUUAUGAGUUACAUCAGAUGGAAGACUAUUGUAGAGAACUUAAAACUGGAGCAGCUCGUUGUCCUCUCUGCCACGACGAUGUUCACUUACCACUAGAUGGUGGCUGGAAAUUGCAUUUAUUGAGCUCAUCCGGUUGCCCAGGAAAUGCUCGACGAAGGACAAAAAAAUAAACAAAUUAAAAAUAGAUGCAUUGUGCAAUUGUGUUUUUUAAAUCGCUAAAUUUAAAAUAACUGCAAAUUAAAAACUAAAAUUUAAAUAAUUAAUAAAGUGCUCUAAUUACACGAUGACUCUGUGUCCAUAUCUUAUUUAAAAGUGAAUUUAAAAUUUAACUUUUAUUGUAAGAGAAUCAGACAAAAUGAGUCAUUGUGAGUAAUACGGAGGCUAAACUACGCUCUAUCUUGCCUUUCUUCGAGAAAUCAAACUUCUUGGUUUUUCCAAACACACAAAUAAAAACAAUAACUGAUUCAUCAAAGUUAUAAAUAAAAAUAAUAAUAUUAACUAUCUUUUUAAAAAUGCCCUUUAGGGAAAUGUGCAAUUUCAAAUUAUAAAAAAAAAAUAAACUUACAAAAUAAAACAAUUCAAUUUUAUUAAUAACAAAAUUCCCAUCACAAUUUUUGAGCUUAAAAUAAAACCAAAAAAAAAAAUGCAAAAUGUUAAUUAAACAAAAACACAAAUAAAAUUUUAAAUAUAUUUUUAUUCAUUUUCAAAAAUAAAGAAAAGUCAUACAUAAAGUACAUAUAUUAAAAAUAAAUAUAAUACAAAAUAGAACUACGAAUAAAAUAACCGUCACAAAACAAUUAUUUGAUACAAAUUAAAAUUUAGUAAAAUUAGUUUUAUUUUCAAUGUAUACAAAUGUUUUUUAAUAAAUUAAAUUUAUUGCAAUUAUUUUCAAUAUUAUAACAGAUUGUAUUGUUUCCUAUUAUGUUAUAGUUAGCUUUAUAGAUUAGUUAAAUAAAUUAGUUAGUUAAGUUGUCACACCACAUUGAAGGUAAAACCAUUUUUUGUGUUUAAUUCUAUUUUUUAAUGUAUUGUUAAUAAUAAAUAUUAUUUUUUAACACUGAACAAGAACAAAACUAUUCUUAUGCUGUAGAGACUAUAUAUUUUUUAAUUUAUAUUGUAUUUCUAUAUACUUAUAUUGUGAUUGAUUGUGUUUUUCUAAUUUAUUGAAUUAUAACGUCCGUUUUUACAAAACCCAUCCAUUUGAGUAUAAAAUAUUAUUAAAAAAUAUUAAAUGAAUUAUACGUACAUUACAUAAAAAUAGCAUAAAUAAACUGACAGUGAGACAUUUGAAUAAAAAUUACUAUAUAUGCAAUA